CGCUGCCCGCCCCGGUCAGCUCAGGCCCUCCUCCUCGCCUGCCCGGGCGAGCUCAGACCUCCCGGCUCGCCUCGGCUCGGCUCGACUCGGCAGGCGGUGAUAAAAUGUCAGCUCCAGGACCAUAUAACGUUGUUCCAGGAGCAUCAGUAGCUCCAAAUGCGCCUCCUUCCUAUGAAGAAACAAUGGCUGUCAACAGUCAUUUUCCUACUGCUCCCCCUGGGCCUGUACCAGGAGCAGUGCCAGGAGCAGAUGGGAAGGGUAUGAAUCCUCCUGCAUACUAUUCUCAGCCUUUGCCAGUUCCAAAUCCUAAUGCAAUUGCAGUUCAGACUGUGUAUGUGCAGCAGCCUGUCACCUUUUUUGACCGUCCUGUCCAGAUGUGCUGUCCCUCGUGUAACAAGAUGAUAGUGACCAAGCUCUCUUUUAAUGCAGGAGCCCUAACUUGGCUGUCUUGCGGCAGCCUUUGCUUACUGGGAUGUAUAGCUGGCUGCUGUUUCAUUCCAUUUUGUGUGGAUGCACUUCAGGAUGUUGAUCACUAUUGCCCAAAUUGCAAAGCUCUUCUUGGUACCUAUAAGCGUUUGUAGGACCAAAGCAAAUGUGAUGAAUCUGCUGGUUUGCUGGCUUUUCGAGUCCUUCAGAAGCUUCACCAAGCCCACCACAGGUGAUGGUCUGCUUUUUGGUGGUCAGAUUUUUCCAGUGGUCCAUUUAAAGGAGAAAACAACCAAAUAAACCAAACCAAACCCCAACAACCUCCAAACUUACGAACCUGCUGUUUGGAGGACUUGAAAGGACUUACAGAGACAUUCACCUCUAGAAUACUGGUUUAAGUGUAGUCUGCCUAUGUAUGAGCCAAAGUCAUCCCUGUCUUUGACUGAUUGCUGGCUUAUUUAAGAUUUCAUUUGGAGAUUAUUGAUUGGCAGGCCCCUCCUGCCUCCUCUGUUAGCACCUUUGCUGAUGGUCUUUACACAGAAGUCAUGGGCUGCCUUGGUUUUGAGACUGAACUGGCCAGAAAGAGGUUGAAUCAAUCCAUAGUGCCUACAAUUUGCCCUUCCAUGGGGCAGAAUCUUGGUUUAGAGACCUUAGGAGAUGCUAGUCUCAGAUACCAUUUAAUUAGGAACUUUUUAUGAGCACAAAAAUUCACUUUAACUUUUUUAUUGUUUUUUAAAAGGGGGGGGGGUAAUCUAGUAAUUCUUAACAUAAGGUGCUUGCUACCAGAUACAUUUCUAUGAGUUCAUGAGAGCUUGUCAGAAGUUGAAUUUCUUCUUUAGAAUUCUCUAUUUCCUCAGUUAUAGUUGAGUGGCUAGACCUUUAGCACAUGAAGUGGAUGGGUCCCUCUGAUCCAUUAAUUUUCUUAGCAAUUGAGUUUUUUUUUUUCUUUUUUAAGAAACUUACUUUUGGAUUGACUUAUCUUUGUAAAUUACUUCAAAGGAAAUGCUUAUCAGUCUAUCUUAAAUAACUAUGAAUGACAUCAUUCUUACAUAUGCCAGUGUGGCAUCUCUUUUUCUUAAAAACAAAUACACAAAUCAAAAACAAAACCCUACUGCCUUUAAUUUGGCUCACUGCAGCUCUCAACAACUCUGCAAUAAUAAUAAUUAAAAAAUUAAAAACUGUUGGAUUCUGGUUUUUUUUAAAUAAAAUAUGUGAAACCAUGGCUUUGAUUUGUAGGUAGAUCUUAUUUUUGGAACCUCUAUGCCAAAAGCUUGCAUAUUGUAGGAAACCUUGUGAACCUGACCUACUUCAGAGGAGUCAUGAAUUUGCUCUUAUUUUCACAAAUCAAAUUCAUUUCAACACAUUGUAAGACAUGACUGUUAAGACUCAUUUAUCCAGCUGAGAGCCCUGUUGGUUAAGAACUGUGUUGUGUUUGGAAUCAACAUACAAACAGGACUCUGGUUUCAAGAUUCCCUCAUUCAGUAUUCAGUGAAAGCAAAGGAAAUAUCUAGAUGAUAUGUCUAAAAAUCAGCCUUAAAAUAUUGGAUGAAAGCCAUUCAUUGGUUAAAAUUUGUAAUAGUAAUAGUACUGAUAAUUAGGGUGGCUUAUUCUCUUCAAGUGUGGGUAAAACCCCAUCUUGUUUCCAAAGUAAGGUUGUUGAAAGGUAUACUGCUCUCUUGAAGUGCUUUGGCUUUUAUUUACAGUGCUUUGACCUUUAUUAAGUCUUUGAUUUACUUGGUGAACAUUUUACAAAAGGCUCCUUGUGGGUUUAGGAAAGGUUUCAUAUUAUAUUGCAGCUGUUACUUCAAAAAAAGAAAAAAAAAAGCCCAACACAAAAAACUCCAACUCUUUAUUAGCCACAUGGUGAUAGAAUAUAUUUAGUGAUAGACUAACCUAAUCUCCGACAGUAUACCUUUAAAGUCAAGAUAAAUGAUUAUAAGAUGCACAUGCUCAGUGAAUCAGAUCUGCUUAUUUGAACCUGUAUUUUAUCUCAAUGGCAGCAAAACUCAAACUAGAGCUCUUAUAUUACAGAAAAUGGAAGAAAAGUAUGAUUAUACUUGCAACAAAAUAUGGUUUAUUUGAUGAUUAACUGAGGCCUUUGUUGGUGCCAGGAGGAAGAUAGCAUAUCUAUCAGGUAUACCUGUACAUUCUUAAUCAUUCAUUUGCUUUUACCUAAGUAUAUAGUCAUAUGGAAGGGUUCAAGAAAUUAAGGAACAUCAUCUUGAUGCAGCGUAUGUUGUCAUUGAAAAAUUUAUAAUUUAUGUUCUUAAAAAUCACUGCUUACUAAUACCAGGUGUGUUUAGAAUUCUUCCUUUGUUGUAUGGAACUCAAGAUGGUGUGUUUCUAGCUGUUUUGUUCAAGUGGUAUGUAAAAUGGUCUCAGGCUAUUGUUGAAAUUAAUAUAUGCAAAUUCUGUAAUGCAGGCACUUUGCAUUGUGCAUGAAAAUGCACUUUGUAGAUGGCAAAAUGUAUAAUGUAUGUAAUUAAAAAAUAAAAUCGGGCGCAUUUUAGGACAUUCCAUUAUCUUGUGCAAAAUUCAUAUUUAUUAAUUUUUCAUAUGUUCAGAUGUACUUGGGUGAGGUAAUUUGCAGGCAGUAAAUUUAACAGUAUAAAGAAUUUUAAAUAAACUUGUACCGUAACAAAAGACUUUAGUUCAUUUCAAGCCAAAAGUACCAGUAUGCCUAUACAAAGUUGCAUAGUUGUAGUAUUUUAAAAAUUAUUACAUAGGUAUCUAUUUGCAUCUCAUUCAUUUUCCAUGCAAAGCGUUCAAUUUUUACUGUAACCACUCACAUUAUAUCCUUGCAGUCACAUUAUAUCCUUAUGGCAUUUGCCAGUGGAAAAUCAAUCCCAUAACAACAGGGACCUUUUGAGUUAGCAUCCUGAACAUAUACACUCUUCAGUUUGUUACAGAGCCAUUUAGAAAAGCUAUUUUCUUGCUAUACUGUAGUCCUCUUUUCAGAGACAGCUUGUUGUACGAAGGGUUAAAAUAUAGCUACAAUUUAGUGGACUGAAAUCUCCUUCACUGUGUGAAUAUUACAAAUGAAACUCAACAUGUGCAUAUUAUUUACAAAGAAGUUUGCGUUUUGAAUUCUACUAAAGUUAUAUCCCUGUUUGUAUUAAUAGAAAUGUCUAAAAGUUGUCACCUCUGGUUAGGUUUUUGUUGUAGGUAGGAAAAUGAUGAAUGAAUUGAAAGUCACAUCUAAGGUUAUAUAUGAAAGAGAAUAUUACAAAUUUUUUUAAGUAAUUUUUUUUUUUAGAGAAAAAGCAUUCAAGGUUUUUGGAGAAUUUAAAAAUGUCAUCUAGAUACUGACAUAUUAUUCUUGCUUUAUUCAUUCACCUAAUCCUUUUGUGCCCUUAGAGGAAGAACUUUGCUUAGUUCCUGUGUUUUUGUAAAGUUCUUAGAAAGAUGGUUCUAAAAUUUUGUCAGGCAUUUAUUAAGCACUCAAUCUGUAGCAGACAUGGUUCAGGACAUGCAUGAAACAUGUAUUGGUCCUGUCUCAUGGAAGCACAAAGAUGGGAAUAAAGAGGACGCUGCUGGACAUCCAGAUGUUGGGGCUCAGAUAGCCAGAUGUUGGGGCCCACUUGCCUAGUUAAAGAAAUGCAUCUUUUCACCAUGUAACAGUAACUAACAGAUCAUGGAUCAUCGUAUUUUUGGAGCUCCUUAUGCUGACAUUGAAAACUGCCUUUUUCAUAAAUAUGCAUUGAUCCUGCCUUGUGGAGUUCUGUGUGUCUUAAGUACCUGAUUAUAUUCCCCAGGUGUUCUACUGCCACUAAGCAUAUGUUCCUGUUCCUUCAGGUGGUGAUUAUAAAAUGUCUACAAAUAA